CUACAGUAAGCCCUGUUUACUUUUAGCGGUUUUGACAUUUUUCUCUCCUCCCCCAUCAUUGCUCUAGUCAGCACAUUGAAACUGGGACUCGCUUCUUCAACUAAUGCCCCACGAGCUGCUUUCCUCUUUCAAUGCAAAUGCAUAAAGACCAUCCAUUAUAAAGUUUAACGGUUCAGAGCGGGCAAGAGGCUCCUUCAAAGAGAAGGCACCUUCGUUGGUCAAAAGCAUAAUCUUUUCUCGAUAUUGGUCCUGUGUUUUAGGAAAACCAUUGCAGUUCUUUCGACAACCAGACUGUAUUUGCGGCAAAUGAACACUUUGUGGGUACUUCCUGGAAGCUCUGCUCAGCUGAAAUGCGAGAGGAUAAGUGAUCUCCUGGAAUCUAACUAGUGGAAUAUCCUUGCUCGUUUGGGUCUCUGUGCUCAGGCGCCAUUCUCAUCUCUCAAGUUCUCCUGCUAGUUCAUCGUUUCUUAAGUUUUUGGGAAUGGGGCUUGACGGGGUCGGGGAAAAUAAAAUGGUGGGACUGAGAUUGACUCAAACUCACAAGCGUUCAAAGAGUUUUCCUGAUAAGAAGAAAGUCGAGGAGGACAACCCAGAUAAUAACAUCGAGGCCCCAGAUCGAACAAAACUGGAUAUCGGAUACCUCACAGAUUGUACAAAAUCUACGAGAAAACAAAAUCCUGCAAGUGAAGUCCAAAAUAAUCUGAAGCAAGAGGUCAGUCGUCAGCGGCGUGUAUUGCUUCUGCAGUUUAGCACCACGAUUCUAGAACUGGAGAGAAGGCUACAACACCAAUUCGAGGUGCGAUGCACAUUGGAAAGGGCUCUGGGAUGCAGGCCUUCAUCUCUUCAUAAUUCAAAUGACGUGAUAAUGCCCAAACCAGCUACAGAAUUAAUUAAGGAAAUUGCACUGUUAGAGCUGGAAGUUGUAUAUCUGGAACAACAUCUUCUCUCCUUGUACCGUAAAGCAUUUGAUCAACAAUUAUCAUCUGUAUCUCCAUCUACCAAGGAGGAAAAAGUAAAAUCUUCUUCAAUACCACCUAAGGCAAGAGUCAUUGACGUUUCUAAUCUCGAGAACUUAUCCGCAAGAGGAUGUUCUGCUAUUCAGUCUGAUUGUCAUAAGCUUGAGACUCCAGGAAAGGAAUAUACUGUACAAUCUAAUGGACAUGAGCUUGACACCCAAGGAAAAGAACAUAAUGGAAGUGGACAACAGAAGCUAUUAGAUUCCGGUGUGUACCGUUGCCAUUCCUCAUUAUCCCAGUAUUCAGCAUUUGCAACUAGAACAUCUCCUCCGGCAGAACCUCUAGAUAAAUCUUUGCGUGCUUGUCAUUCACAACCAUUGUCCAUGUUGGAGUAUGCCCAAACUGCAUCAUCAAACGUAAUCAGUCUGGCAGAACAUCUUGGUACUCGCAUAUCUGAUCAUAUUCCGGAUACACCUAAUAGGCUUUCUGAAGAAAUGGUCAAAUGCAUAUCAGCUAUAUAUUGCAAGCUUUCAGACUCGUCUUUGACGCAACCUGGCCUUUCAUCCCCCAGUUCAUCCUUGUCAUCAAUGAGCGGCUUUUCUCUGGGAGAUCAAGGUGAUAUAUGGAGUCCAGGAUUCAAAAAUAAUUCCUCUUUUGAUGUUCGGUUAGACAACCCUUUCCAUGUUGAAGGACUCAAGGAGUUCAGUGGACCAUACAGCACCAUGGUUGAAGUAUCAUGGAUUUAUAGAGAUGGUCAGAAAUUGGGUGACACCGAGCUGCUGCUCCAGAAUUUCAGGUCACUCAUCUGUCAGUUGGAAGAAGUGGAUCCUGGGAAGUUGAAUCAUGAGGAGAAACUAGCUUUUUGGAUCAACAUACACAAUGCCUUGGUGAUGCAUGCAUUUUUGGCUUAUGGGAUUCCACAAAACAAUGUGAAGAGACUAUUUCUUCUCUUGAAGGCUGCAUACAAUGUUGGGGGUCAGACUGUUAGUGCAGACACAAUACAAAGUAGCAUCCUUGGAUGCCGACUCUCCCGUCCUGGGCAGUGGCUGCGGGUUUUCUUUUCCACAAGAACUAAAUUCAAGACAGGAGAUGGACGACAAUCAUAUGCAAUCGAGUAUCCUGAGCCUCUUUUACACGUUGCACUCUGCUCAGGAAAUCACUCGGAUCCUGCGGUACGUGUGUUUACACCAAAAAGAGUGUUUCAAGAGUUAGAGAUUGCAAAGGAUGAGUAUAUUCGAGCUACCUUUGGAGUGCGGAAGGACCGAAAGAUCCUCUUACCAAAGCUUGUGGACACAUUUGCUAAGGAAUCGGGUUUGUGCUCUGCUGGUGUAAUGGAAAUGAUCCAACAGUCUCUGCCCGAAUCUCUUAGGAAGAGCAUCAAGAAAUGUCAGCUUGCAAAAUCAAGAAAGAGCGUAGAAUGGAUCCCACACAACUUUGCUUUCCGAUAUCUUAUAUCAAAGGAGCUGGUGAAAUGAUGGCCUGAUUGCAUUAGUUUUCAAUGCGGGUGACAAUCUGCAUUGUUUGCUAUAUGUAAUAUUCUUUUGUACAGGGUAGAUAUAUAGGGUAGCAUUGACAUGAAAAUCGGAUAUUGCGUGCAUAUAGUGUCUUGCCAUGUCAUGGAAGCAUCUGUACUGUUGCAGUUAACUAAGUCAAGAGAUUCUGCCAUGAGCAGUGUAAAUGAGCCGUUGUUAUAAUCAGAUGUCUUCGAGACUGUCUGAUUUUUA